CGUAUGACGCUGCCAAACGGUCCGUGUUAUGAGACGUGUUUCGUAAGGUACCGCGGCUCAACGUUAGUUUUUCCUGCGGGCGUUACACAAGCUGUCCACGAGCCGCGAGGUGGGGACGCAAAGACGUAUUCUCUCACUGCCGGGGUCUAGUGAGCUCACGCCAGCUGAUACAGAAUGUUUCCAGCGAGCAGAUACUCGAGUAAAGCCCACAGGUGUAUCAGGGCUUUGCAGACGGUUCAGGUGGAGCAUGCUGCCCCUCAGCUGUACACAACACUAAACAGAAGGUGCUCUUCGGUGUCAACGCCCCGCAUCACAACACACUACACCAUCCAUUCUCGGGACAAAGAUUCAAGAUGGGAAGGGGUCGAAAUGGAGAGGUUUGCCGACGAGGCGGACGUGGUGAUAGUGGGUGGGGGCCCUGCGGGUCUCUCGGCAGCCAUUCGUCUGAAGCAGCUCGCCAAUGAACACCAGAAGGAGCUGCGAGUUUGCCUCGUGGAGAAGGCCUCUCAGAUUGGAGCACACACCCUGUCAGGAGCCUGCCUGGAGCCCAGUGCCCUCACCGAACUCAUUCCCGAUUGGAAGGAACGAGGGGCACCUUUGAACACACCAGUGACCGAAGACGUUUUCAGCAUUUUAACGAAGAAACACCGAAUUCCUGUCCCCAUUUUGCCAGGUCUGCCUAUGGUGAACCAUGGUAACUACAUUGUGAGGCUGGGGAACUUUGUGCGCUGGCUGGGGGAGCAGGCCGAGGAGCUGGGAGUGGAGCUGUACCCCGGCUACGCUGCAGCCGAGGUUUUGUUCCACGAGGAUGGAAGCGUUAAAGGAAUCGCCACCAACGAUGUCGGCAUCGCCAAAGACGGCUCACCGAAGGAUGUCUUUGAGAGAGGGAUGGAGCUCCAUGCUAAAGUCACACUGUUUGGGGAGGGCUGUCAUGGCCACUUGGCCAAGCAGCUUUACAAGCAAUUCAACCUGCGGGAGAACUGCGAUCCGCAGACGUACGCCAUCGGCCUCAAGGAGGUGUGGACGAUUGAUGAGAAGAAGUGGAGGCCGGGCAGGACGGAGCACUCUGUGGGCUGGCCUCUGAACCGACACACCUAUGGAGGAUCCUUCCUGUAUCACCUGAACGAGGGAGAGCCGCUGGUGGCCUUGGGGUUUGUGGUGGGUCUGGACUACAGCAACCCUUACCUGAGCCCCUUCAGGGAGUUCCAGCGCUGGAAGCAUCAUCCCUUCGUGGCGGCCACGCUGGAGGGAGGCACCAGGAUUGCAUACGGAGCCCGGGCGCUGAACGAGGGGGGAUUCCAGUCCAUCCCUAAGCUGACGUUCCCUGGAGGGCUGCUGAUAGGCUGCAGCCCCGGUUUUAUGAACGUCCCAAAGAUCAAAGGCACCCACACCGCCAUGAAGAGCGGCAUGCUGGCUGCAGAGGCCGUUUUCCCCAAGAUCACAGCCGAGAAUCUGGAUUCAGAGACGACAGGCCUCCAUGCACCAGAGUACGCUGAGACUUUGAAGAAUUCGUGGGUGUGGAAAGAGCUUCGCGCGGUUCGAAACAUCCGGCCGUCCUUCCACAACUACUUUGGCCUGUACGGGGGCAUGGCCUACACCGGCGUCUUCUACUGGAUCUUCAGAGGGAAAGAGCCGUGGACACUCAAACACUGCGGCCUGGACGCCGACCAGCUGAAACCGGCUAAAGAGUGCACGCCCAUUGAAUACCCGAAGCCCGACGGCAAGCUGAGCUUUGACCUGCUGUCCUCCGUGGCCCUGAGCGGCACCAACCACGAGGGGGACCAGCCCCCCCACCUGACCCUAAAGGACGACAGCGUGCCCGUCAGCAGGAACCUCGCCAUCUACGGCGGACCGGAGCAGCACUUCUGCCCCGCAGGUGUGUACGAGUACGUUCCCCUGGAGACCGGAGACGGGAUGAGACUGCAGAUAAACGCUCAGAACUGUGUCCACUGUAAGACCUGUGACAUUAAGGACCCGAGCCAGAACAUCAACUGGGUGGUGCCGGAAGGCGGAGGCGGGCCUGCCUAUAAUGGAUUGUGAACAUCUUGUUUUAAUCAUUUUUUUUGUUUAGAAAGAACUUAAGUUAUUACGCGUUCAAAGUUGCCUGAGUAUGGAACAAAAAAAUAACAGUUGAGUAUGAAAUCUCCAAAAAGUGCGAUUUUAGAAAUUCAUAUGAUUUAGCAUUGAAAUAUAUUCUCGAUUGAUACAGUGAAAUGAAACUGUAGCUUAACACAGGACCAUAUAAGUGAAGCAGUUAAUGAAUCACUGCUGUAAAAUCCACACUGUGGGCAUUUGAAAAAGUUUAAGGAUGAAAUGGCUCUUUAUUUGCACUUAAUCAUCUAUUUCCUUUAACAUAUUUCUUGUGAGAACAAGAACAAAUGGAUUUCAUAUCAACAUUUCAUCCACAAAGUAUUGUACAUAGAAUCAUUAGAUGAUAACAUCACAAUAACGAAUAAAGAACUCUUGAAGGUU